UUAUCUGGCCACACAUUAUGGCAACAUGAAAUCAUAUAAAACAAAACAACGAUAAAAUCCUUCCUUUGUCUUAUCACAUUCCACUGCUCCUCCUGCAUUCUUCUCCAAAUUAUUAUGAAUAAUAUCACAACUAUUUCAAAUAAAAUAUAACUACAAUUAAAAGAAAAAAAAAAGAGAGAGAACUGAACAUGUUGGUGGCUGAAUUGAGUGGUACAAACCUUGAUAUUCCUGAGGAGUUGCUGCAAGCUCUACCAUCUGAUCCAUUCCAGCAGCUCGAUGUGGCUCGCAAAAUCACAUCCAUUGCUCUUUCGACUCGUGUCAACGCGCUUGAAUCAGAAGCUUCGGCUCUACGCGCCGAACUCGCUGAGAAAGACGAACUUAUCGCGGAGCUCCAGGCUCAGUUAGAGGCUCCCCACGCCGCGCUUUCUGAAGCCGCCGAUAAGCUUGUUCUCGCGGAACAAGAUAAGGAGAGGUUGGUGAAGGAGAAUGCUACACUUUCUAGCACAGUGAAGAAGCUCAGUAGAGAUGUCUCCAAGUUGGAGGUUUUUAGAAAGGCACUUAUGCAAUCACUUCAAGAGGAUGAAGAAAAACCUGGAGGAUCACCCAAAAUUGCUGCUAUGUUACAUAGUCAAGCAAGUAUCACUUCCACAUCUCACCUUGGAGAUGAAGAUGCUUCUUUGCCACCUUCUAGAUCUUCUUCAAUGCGAAUCAAUACUUCUGAUACAGGAACUUCUUCUGCAGAAGAUCGUGAGUCUGAUGGUGGUGGAAGAUCUCAAGCAUCAUCAAUAUCAUCACAUAGCUUUCUGUUAGCAUCUCAAACUACCACUCCUCGCCUUACUCCACCUGGUUCUCCUCCUAAUGUUUCUGCAUCUGUAUCACCAACAAGAACAUCUAAACCUGCCUCUCCGCGGCGCCAUGCGGUUUCCCUUUCAAUUGAUAGGACUUCAUCAGUGUUUUCCUCUCAUGGUUCAGUGUCUAGCUACGCAGGCACAGGUUCACAAACCGCACGAACCCGGGUGGAUGGAAAGGAAUUCUUUCGUCAAGUCAGGAGCCGUUUGUCUUAUGAGCAGUUUGGUGCAUUUUUAGCAAAUGUUAAGGAACUGAAUUCCCAUAAACAAACAAAAGAGGAGACAGUAAAGAAAGCUGAUGAGAUAUUUGGGCCUGAAAACAAAGAUCUAUAUACUAUAUUUGAAGGAUUGAUUAGUCGUAAUGUUCAAUAAUUUAUUAUACUUGACAUGUUUAAUCAUAUAAAAUGAUUCCUAGUUGUAAUAUAGCAUGAUAUUUCCUCUACUUUCAGAAUUUUUUUCCGUGAAUUACAAAUUUAUUGUUUUGCGGAAAA